AUGGACGAGACCGGGGUCAUGCUAUCUAUGCUUGGCUCGGUAAAGGUGCUCGUAGGUAAGGAUGAUAAACGAAGCCAUAGAGGCGCGCGCGUGAAGCGAACAAUGGUGACUGCUAUCGAGUGCAUUAGCGCUGACGGUAGGUACCUAAACCCGAUGAUUAUUUGGCCGGCUACUACCCACCGUAGUAACUGGACUACCUUUCCUACUCCUGGAUGGCAUUAUGCGUGCAAUGAAUCCGGAUAUACAGACUCCAACAUUAGCUUGCAGUGGCUCAAGCGUGUGUUUGAUCCUGAGACUAAGGAACGUGCUGGUGGGAGACCGCGUGUACUGAUUCUUGACGGCUUUGGGACACAUGAGACGCUUGAGAUCCUAGAGUACUGUUUUGCAAACAGCAUCAUUUUGUGUCGUCUGCCCUCUCAUACGUCUCACAAGCUUCAGCCUUGCGACGUUGCUGUAUUUGGCCCACUGAAGACGGCCUACCGUGAACAGGUCGAACGAUUGGAGCGAGGCGGCGUCAACGCUAUCGGCAAAGAGCAUUUUACCUGUCUAUACAAGCCGGCUAGAGAGCGAGCAUUUACAGCUAAGAAUAUCAAGGCUGGCUUUGCUGCAAGUGGUUUGUUCCCGCUCAACCCAGACAGAGUACUCAGGACUGUGCCGAAACCUCCAGUCGAAGUAGCUCCUGCAGUGACUAGCGAAGCAUCUUAUCAAGAAGAUGCAGUGCUACAAACGCCUAUAACGCCAGUGUCAGCAGACGGUCUUUUGUUGCUGCAAAAUCUCAUCUUGAAGAAGGACGCACAUGCUCUUGACGAAAAUAGCCAGCGGAACUUGCAGCGACACUUGCUGAAACUCGCCAAAGCUGCCCAGUUGUCGUUAACUAAAAGUGCUCUCCAGCAAAACCAUAUCCAGCUCUUGAUGGCGGUCAACAACGAAGCCAAGUCUCGACGAUCAACCAGAGCCGACAUACUCGAGAAGGGUUCCGGGCAAGUGUUUAGCUAUGAGCAUCUCCAAGAUAAACGGCUGAAGCGAGCGGAAGAGGCGGCAGCCAAAGAAGCUAAGGCUAAAGCUAAAGGGAAGCGCGGUCGGAAGAGCAAGAAUGCUGCGCAGGAGACAGUAGAAGCCACGGCGUCCACAAGUACAGUGAGGCGUGGCAGAAAGCGAAAGAGUACUGAGGUAGAAGGAGAUGCUGGCCCACCGGUGCCAAAAAGCAAGGCUGUAAGAGUGAGCAAUGUCCAGGGAAUAGCGCCAGUUGCACGAAUGUAUUAGAUUAGGAUAGUUAGUGAUGACAAUACGGAGU